CUACUAAAUGGAAAUCCGAGCAAGAUCCACCGUUGCUGUUAACAGAGGGGUGACUGGUACACUGACGUCGGUCCCAAGGAAGUCUGAAGUUACACUUGGUUUGUUAAUUGAUUCGUUGUAACUGGGAUAAAGAUAUCAGGAAUGAGUGAGAUACAGGACGCGAGCAUGUAUUGUGUCACCCUCAAUGGACCGGCUCCAUGGGGCUUUAGACUCCAGGGGGGAAAGGACUUCAACAUGCCCCUAACUGUGUCAAGGCUGACCCCUGGAGGCAAGGCCGCCCAGGCCGGAGUGGGCGUUGGUGACUUUGUGGUUUCCAUUUGCGAAUCCAACGCAGAGGAGAUGACCCACGUGGAGGCCCAGAACAAGAUCAGAGCAGCAACGGACUCUCUCACCCUUACUCUCCACAGAGCUUUCGCACCUGGGCAAGACCAGUCGAAGGACACGCUUGCUCCUGCCUCCAGUCAGCCCAAGUACUCGUUUGCCCCCAGCACGGCCAUAAACAAGAUGGCACGGCCAUUCACGCCAGGGGGCGGCACUGCCACCUCUGGCCCUAUCAUCAAGCCAGUGUCGUAUAAGCUUAAUUCGGGCACGCAGGUGCCCGGUAGCAUGCCACAGCCACACAAUGGUCAUGUGCCAGCAUCCUCUCCCGCUAAAGCCAAACCUGCCGAUAGUCCUGAAGCACAUCCAGCCGUCAGUCCUGCGCCCAAAGCGCCGAGUGGGUCAGGGGGCCCCUCCUGCCGGCCCCCGUGGGUGACGGACUCAAACUUCGCCGACCGCUACGCCCCGGACAAGACCAGCACGGUUCUGACUCAGCACAAGCAGCCGGCGCAGCCCACACCCAUGCAGAACCGCAGCUCCAUCCUCCAGGCCGCGCAGCAGGGGCCGACCAACACCGGCACGGGUGGCGGCGACGGCCGCACCCCGCUCUGCGCCGCUUGCAACAAGAUCAUCAGAGGUCGCUACGUGGUAGCAUUGGGUCGGUCCUGGCACCCCGAGGAGUUCACCUGCUGUCAGUGUAAAGUGCUUCUGGACGAGGGAGGCUUCUUCGAGGAACAAGGCUCGGUGUACUGCACCAAGUGCUACGACAACCGCUGCGCUCCCCCCUGCGCUAAGUGUAAGAAGAGGAUCACAGGGGAGAUCAUGCACGCCCUGAAGAUGACCUAUCACGUCUCGUGCUUUCUGUGCGCCGCCUGCAAGACGCCCAUCAGGAACCAGGCCUUCUACAUGGAGGAGGGGGAGCCCUACUGCGAGAGGGAUUAUGAGAAGAUGUUCGGCACUAAAUGCCACGGCUGUGACUUCAAGAUUGAUGCGGGGGAUCGGUUCCUGGAGGCACUGGGCUACAGCUGGCACGACACGUGCUUCGUGUGCGCCCUCUGUCAGAUUAAUUUGGAGGGGAAGACAUUCUACUCCAAGAAGGAUAAGCCACUGUGUAAAAGCCAUGCCUUCUCACCCGUGUGAGCCGACAGCGUCUCGGAAGGGUUUGGGGGUGGUGUCGGCUGGAUCGGGACACAACGAUGGCCGACAACCCCCUCCCGUGCAUUGACCGCUUCACCCAAACUCACCCACAGAGUCUCUUCUGUUCAAGCGAACCGACAGUAUUUAUGAAACCUUCCUUUUUCUAUAGAGCGGUCUUCAAGCCGUUUGUACACUUCGCAUUUUUGUUUUUGUCUUGCACCAGAAUUUGGUCAUUCUGCGACACUCCAGUUAUGCAUCCGUUUCUGCAAAAAAUGUAUGAAAAAAAAUGUAUUUUUGAAUGGUAACACAUGGGUUGCCUUUUUACACUCUCGAACAGACGAGUUGCACUGCUGCGCAUCGUUUCCAUGUGUGUUGUUUCGUUGAGAUUUAGAGAUGAAGUUGAGCCUGAAAGUACUGCCACGCACUCCAGCCGCCCCAUGACACAUUUAGAGCGUGAAAAACAACCUUCCUAAUGUGCCUACGCCUCCAGGUUCCUCAUCACACCUGAACUUCCUCCAUCUUUCCCCCUUUCAUCAACUAAGAGCUUUGGAGGAAAAAAAGAAAGGAAGUGGGAAAAAAAGAGAGGAAGUAGGGAAAAAAGAGAGCAAGGGUAUUUGGUGUGAGCAUCUUCACUUGAUUCUCCCCCCGUGCUAAUCCUCCCCAGAGAGGAGGCCCAGAAAGGCACUUGUGGGUGUUUAGAAAGCCACUGAGCGUGUCGCAGUAAGUGGAGCGACUGCUUUAGUGUUUGAUGUACUCCCGCAUUAUAUUAUUAGACUUCCACAAGCCCUCUCUGGCCCUCUAGACUUCAGCCACAACACACACACACACCACACACACAAAAACACACACACACACACACACACACACACACACACUCCCCGAUCCUGCUUAGCCCACACUUCAUCUGCCUGCCUUUAGUACUCAGGGUAAUGGGAGCCGCGGAGGAAUAAAAUGUGUCUGGUAAACAGUGCAUUAGCACUGAUUACGUGCAUCUCCGACUGACCCCGGCGACGGCACGUUGCAUGCUUCCCAUUUUAAAUACCCAGGAGCGAUCCGAUUCAUAUUCAACGAGGAAGUGUAAUUAGAGCAAGCGGCACCAAAUGGAGCUAAAUAAAUAAAUAAGUGACACUAUCCCAUUAGAGAGCGGAGCGGAGGGAGGAGGGGCCGCUCACUGGGUGGAGGCUUGAGUGGGUGUGGUGCCGCUGGACAGGCCGGGGUAUUAUAUAAAGCAGCGUAGACGCUUUACUCUUAACUAGACGCGUCUGCUGCUCGUCACCAUAGGGAGGGGGUUCAGUGCUUGGGUCAGUUUGAGUGAGUGGUGAAAGGGACUUUGUCGUGUCGAUUGGUUCACUGUGUGUUCAUUAAAAGUGAACGAAAGUAGCAAAAAAGUGGGAAUUCAGAUGUUAUGUUCAUAUUAGCACAACAGCCAGGAUGUAAGUACAUGGCAUGUUUUCUUGCCAUGUCCACACAACUUAUGCAUUGAAUUGGUCCUGUUAAGAGUUAGACGGUAGAUGGGAACACCAGAGGAGUGCUGGUGAUUCAGAAGCGGCUCUUGAGAAAAAGCAGACGGUGGUCGGCUCGCCCCAGCUGCGGCUCCCGCUUAGGGAAGGUCAGCGUGUUGGUACUCACCAAGGUCGGCUUGUUUGCACUGUCCACACCAUCCAUCAUCCUUAGGCUGCCCUGCGGCCCCGUCUCGCUGGUGAUCAUUCGCAGGAGAGGCUGGAGCUGUACCCUUCAGUAGUGGUUCUGGCUGACGCUCUCUUUAUCUCUUUUAAGAGGUGGAUUGAAUGCCGAGACUCUUCGUUUCGCUUCUGAAAAGCUGAAGGCCAUGCACCUUUUGCCCCAGCAUCACUCCAUCACUCCAUUUCAUCCCUUUUUUCAUUUUCACACUUUUGUUAUUUUUGAUUUUGUAUUUCUUUUUAUGAACCUCUUAACCAUACCAAGUGCCUUUUUUAAAAGCUUUAUAAACUAUUGUUAUGCAUUCAGUAAAAUACUGCUGUAUCCUUAGGUACAUGCUUGAAAUGUUUCGGUUGCAUAAGAAUAUGACUCAUGCAUAGAGGAUAUCCUCUAUAAAUUAUUAUCUAUGGAUGUUAGAGCCAUGUAAUCAAUAAAUAUUGUACAAUA